UAUUGCCACAUACAAGCCACCUAGGAGAAACCAGGAAAUCUUCAAUUAAACUCCUUUUUACUGCAUUUAUAGCUAAUGAAUUCAACAUCUGGUAGAAUGGGGGAUCAAGGCUUCCCGACCCUAGAUCUCAGUGGAAAGCUUAUCAUCAAGGCACAACUAGGGAAUGACAUACGGCGUAUACCAAUCCAUAAUGAGGAUAUUACAUAUGAUGAGCUUAUCUUAAUGAUGCAGCGUGUCUUCAGAGGACAUUUAGACAGUAGUGAUGAGGUCACAAUCAAAUACAAAGAUGAUGAGGGUGAUUUGAUAUCUAUAUUUGAUAGUUCUGAUCUAUCCUUCGCCAUACAAUGCAGUAGAAUACUGAGGCUAACCAUAUUUGUUAAUGAUAUUCCAAAACCACUUGAGGAUGAUGAGAUUAAACAUAUGAAAUCAGAACUUCAGGAUAUUAGAGAUCGUGUUAAUCAUUUACUUGACAGACUUGAACCACAACCUAGAAUUUCCAGCGCCUCUGUAGUUGAAGAACAAACAAAUAACCAAGUCCCUGACUCAACAACAAGAAAUGACCCAUCCCCAGCACCAACUUCUGUUUAUAAGCCUGCAACUGCGCUUGAGAGUAAAGAAUUUGACCCACUAUCUAAGCAAAAGUCACAGGAGGAAAAUGCUACCCAGAAUGCAGUUUUAAGCUCAUUUGGUCAUCAAGCAGCUGAAGCCUCAGAUUCAGCAGGUCUUAGGCCAGGUACCCCAGAUAGUGUGUCAAGUCAUGGGUCAGCGACCCCCAUACACCAGAGACAGCCACCCGCACAGGCUCCUCCCCAGCAACAGCAGCAGCAGUACCCUCAAGGUUAUGGCCAACAACAACAAGGGGCACAGCAGUCUAGUUACCCACAAGCCACACAAGCAUCUAGCGCAUCCCAGCAGCCAAAGGCUACACCACAACAGCCAGGCUACUUUCCACCUCAGGCAUCCCAGAGUUAUCCAUCUGCCACUGCAUCUUCGCAGUCAUAUAGUGGAGCCUCCCAGCCCAGCACUAACCCAUCAUACACCGCAACCUCCCAAUAUGGUCAACAACAACAGCAGCAACAGCAAUAUCAACAGCAGCCACAGCAGUAUGCUGGACAACAGUCUGCAUAUAAUCAACAGCAGCAAUAUGGAGGACAAGCCCAAGCUGCCUACCCUGCCCCCCAGGGAGCUGCCCAGCCUGCUCCCUCACAACCCCAGCCUGGAGGUGCUAACCCAUACUCUCGGGGACCCUCAUAUGGACAAUAUCCCCGCCCUGCAGGAAACUAUCCAACACCCCCCGGGGCACAGGGAUAUCAACAAUAGUGUAAUAUAUAGUAGUUUAAUAUAAUGUUUUGUAGCAUUGUGGUUGAGUCUUCAACAAAUUAGGGACUGGCUAAAAUUUCAAAUAUCAAAUUUUUGUGAAAGUAGAAACAGAAAAUCAAGUUUUCAAUAAUGUACAUGUAAUUGACAUUCAAGAAUGUACUAUAAGGUUUUAACAGGGGUCAGUUGAGCAAAAGUGAUAUUUUGACCUGUCCUGUCAUUUCAAUGCCACACUUACGCAACUUGAAAAUGUCUAUAAUGUACGUGUAUUAAAGGAAUUCAAAUUUUAUUAGAUUUCGUUUUGUGUACUCUAGCAGAAUGACAUAUUGCAAUGGCCAGGCAUAAAGCACCCUCCUGGGUGAUUUUAUUAAAUGAGUAAAUUAUGGUUCUAAAAUUGAAAGAAUAAUUUCAUUUUUGCCAUUUGUGCUGUAAAAUUUGAAUCUUUAUUCUGACAAUUGUGGCCCCAGAAUUAUAGGUAUCUAAUCUGGUCAACUGGGACACUGAUUAACUCGAAUUUGAGCAUUAUAUCAUGGUACCAUUUAUUCCAGUAGCAGUCAUAUUGAAAACAGGAAA